ACAUGUAGUAUAAAAUUUUACCAUAGUUGUUAUGUAACCAAGCUAAAGAAAAAUAUAAACCAGAAUUAGUAAAAAUACAUACCCAAAUUCAAUGUAGGUAUUGCCUUUCUGGUCAAAAGUUUACUACGUGAUUUAUAAUAAUCCUCAAAGUGUCUGUGGCAUAUGCGAACAGAAUUAUAUAUAUUAAUUAUUUCCUCUCUCUUGGGUUGCGAUGCUGAGAACAGACUUGCACUGAUUAAACCUCUCAGUGUGAGGAUAUUCCCAUUUGGGGAAUCGGUGUAGCGGUCCUAUAAAUAAAAUUUUAAUAAAAUGUAGGUGUUUUAUUUGUACAUUAGACUUUAUAAAAAGUUGAAAUGAAUCAUUACUUGUUAUAGAAAUGUUAUAAAUAAGAACUUACCAUCGAUAACACAUCCAAAAUAACAUUUUAAUGCAGAUGCUUUCGGCAUUUUCCGUUAGCCGUUAUAGACUAUUUCGUAUGAAAUUCACGAAAACAGUUACGUUUUUCUGUAAGGCACAGCCUCGUAUCUGACCCGUUGUGCAGUUCCUGCACCGACCUUUCUUUAUAACAGUGGGUAUAUGGUGUAAACCAUCAGUGCGAAUAUCGUUUUCGGGUCUUGGAACAACGGGUUGUUUGAUUUUCACCGCAUUAGUUACUACUCUGCUGACUGUUUUUCCUUUUUACAAAAGCGUGUACGAAAUGCUUAAUUUAAAAUCUUUUAAAGAGAAUUUUUUUUCAAUAAAUAUUUUGCAAUGACGCCGAUACACCAGCCAGCUAUUGUUGACACAAAUAUCUAUCAAAGUGUAGUAUACAGGGUGUCCCAAAACUCAACGAUAAUCUGAGACCGGAUGAAAGGCCAAGUUAUACCAGUCCUAGGAAAAAUAAAAAUAAAAUCCAUAUCACUCAGUUCAGCGAUAAUAGACAUUAAAAAAAAGUUGAGAUUCGACACCCUCGGUCACGUUUUCAAGUCCUCUGAUCACCAAUAUCACAAUUUCGCUGUGAUUUUUUUUGAUUUCCUGAUCUUCAUUAAUGAUGCUAUUAAUCGCAACUACAAAUGAAUGCAAAAAAUAUUGUUAAUUUAAUAAGUUAAGUUUUAGUGAGUCAUGGUUCACAAAAAUAUUGUUAAUUAAAGCCACGGAUACACUAGGGGACAAUUGGAGCAACAAGUUGCUGAACAUGUUCCUCAACAACUACGUGGAAUGUGCCGACAUACAUGUCGCGGAACAUUUUGUCGACCACACUUCUCAGUGUUUAUAGAAAUGUCGCCCGAGGAGGUUGUGGCUAUUAGUGCUGCAUACAUAGUAAUUAUAUCGAGUGUGUUGAAACCUAAGAGAAAGAGAAGGUGGUGGAUGCGGAAUUUCUUAUUACAACGAGAAAAAAGAGUUAAUAUUCUAAGUGAUCUCCGAAUGUCUGACGGAUCGUUUGUGAAUUUUACUCGCAUGUCAUCAUCUGAUUUUGAAACUUUAUUGCAAAUGAUCGCACCUUCCAUAGCCAAACAGGAUACAAUAUUACGGAACGCUAUUAGUCUUCAUAUCAGACUAGCCAUUACAUUGAGGUACUUGUCGACUGGAGAUUCUUAUGCUUCUUUGUCGUACACUUUUCGAGUGUCAAAACAACUAAUACGUAAAAUAGUACCAGAAGUUUGUAAAGAACUGAUAAAACAAUUGAAGAUAUUUGUAAAGGUAAGUUGAAGAAAACGUAUACAUUUUAUUUAUAAUUGUAUUUUAAUCUCCAGUAAAAUAAAUUUUAAAGAGUACAAGAUGGAUAUAGCGAGCAACGUAAAUUAAUUAGUAUUAGUGCCAUCAAUGCUAUUAGUGCUCGAGGAAUCCAUAUUUGCAAGUAUGUUUUGUAUAAUAUGCUCUUCAGAAGGCUCGGGGCUAAUAUCACUGGAUGCAGUGCUAUACCCAAGCAGCACACAAGCGUUGGUAUCAUCCAUAAAACAGCCUAUUUAAAACUUAUAAUUCUUUAAGAGACUUACAAGAGUGUCAAAAAAUUAUUUUCUCUUUACAAGAGGGGAUUAUCAGUUAUUAUACAGCUCAAUCUUUAUAAAGACUGUAUUAUGGAAUCGGUUUAAGCUUAGGGUGUCUUAAUAGAAUACCAAAAUUCUAUAAUAACACUUGAAGUAUUGUGUGACACUUCAAGUAGUGUUUUAUCUUUAAAGCUGUAUAAAGGCUGUAUUUUGUAUGAGAUAACUUCCCCAUUACAGCUCUAAGUGUUAUCAUUGUCUCACCCGAUACAUUUUUCUGUACAAUGGUACACUUCAACACCGUUACCGAACUUCGUUUUAAUGGCGUAAUUGUAGACCAUUGUAACUACAUUAGUUUUAUAAUUUCUGUCAGAGAAGGUACUAUAAUACUAAAAAUGUAAAUACCAGCUACAAUACAGCUUUAGUCUUUUUUAGUGACUCGAAUCUUGAACUUCUUUUUAAUGGCUUAAUUGUAGACUAUUAUAAAUACACUAGUUUUAUAAUUUCUGUUUGUGAGAAUAUAAUAACACUAAAAAAAUAAAUACUAGCCACAGGUACAGCUUUAGUCUUUUUAACUGACAGCUGUCAGCACAGUUCUUUAGCAGAUUCAUUUAGUGAAAGCUAGCAGUGAAACUAAAUUAAAAUCAAUAAGUAUGUGGAAAAAAAGGAAAAGAUCUGGUGCAAUGAAAAGGAAAAUUGAAAGGGAAUAUUUAAAUAUUUGUAAUUUCCAACCAAGCAACAGCGACAGCGGUGAAUCAUUACUUAUUGACGAAGGAAAAGAUGUAUUCACGAGUCAGACAACCUUCAGUCAAGUGUCAGUUCCAUCAACGUCCAACGAGGGUUCCGUAACAAAAACUAUAAAUAUUUUUACAGAUAAUCACGAAAGUUGUGUGGAAAGCGUGAAUUCAGUUCAAGUUUCGGAAAUUUCAAAUGAUGUUUCUUCAUGCAGCAUCAGCAGCACAAGUAAUUCGAAUGAUGAGGACGACGAAUUUAGUAAAAAUCUUUUAUUUCGUCAGCAAAUAAAAGAAUGGGCUAUAGAAAAAAAUAUAUCUCAAGCAGCUCUGAAUGAACUCAGUAAAAUUGUAAAUAACAGAUUUCCGGGAUUAUUACCAAACGACGCUAGAACAAUUUUAGGCACCGUCAGACAAAUAAAUAUCAAAACAGUGGGAACAGGCGAAUACUGGCAUAACGGUCUUACUGUGCCUCUGAAAAAUUUGCUGGAACAUUGGACAAAUUUCCCAACUGAAGUUACUUUAAAUUUCAAUUUCGAUGGCCUUCCCAUAUUCAAAAGCUCCAAUAAAGAGUUUUGGCCGAUUUUGUGCAGUGUAUUUGAAAGACCUGAUGUUGAGCCUAUUGUGAUUGGUAUCUAUUUCGGUAUUGGAAAACCAAAUCCAAUUGAACAAUAUUUAGAGGAUUUCGUAAACGAGAUGGAAUAUCUAAUAAAAAAUGGACUAUAUAUUGGACAAGCAAAAAAUAAAGUGUCUAUUAGAUUAAGAUGUUUUAUAUGUGACUCUCCAGCGCGAGCGUACAUUAAAGGUGUAUGCAACUUUAACGCCAAGCACGGCUGUUUAAAAUGCGUUACUGUUGGAGAAUAUUCGCAUACAUCUCACACAGUGACCUUUCCUGAUUCUAAUUGCCGCCCUAGAACUGAUCAAGAGUUUCGUGCAAAAAAGUAUGGACCUCACCACAAAAAAGACUCUCCUCUGCUGCGACUAUCUGUAGAUAUGAUAGAAGACUUUCCAGUGGCAGAUUCUCUACACCUUGUGGACUUAGGAAUAACAAAGCGACUAUUAGUGGGUUGGCGCAACGGUAACUUUGGGAAGUACGUAACCAAAUGGAGUGCCAAAGAUGCCGAAACUGUUUCCAAUUUUCUAACGAAACGCAAAUUGCCAUCUGAAAUUCAUAGGUCGGUGAGAGGACUAGACUGCAUUUCUCAUUGGAAAGCAUCGGAAUAUAGAUCUUUCUUGCUUUAUUUGAGUAUCAUAAUACUUCCAGAUGUAUUACCAAAUGACGCACUAACUCAUUUUCUGGCAUUUUUUUGCGGAAUUACAAUAUGUUCGAGUGAGAACUACAGUAAUUUUCUUCCGUUGGCAAAAGAGCUUCUUCAGUGUGUUUUUGUGGACCAUUUUAAAGACUUUUACGGCGAGGAUUAUAUGACUAGCAACGUUCACAACGUAGUACACAUCACGGAUGAGGUGCAACGAUUUGGCCCACUUCCUACAUUUAGCGCGUACCCUUUUGAGAACAAGCUUUUUUCAAUUAAAAGGAUGCUGAGACAGGGUAACAAUCCUCUUGCUCAGGUGGCGAAAAGAUGUAGUGAAGUUUCAAAAAUAACAAAGAACAGAGAAAAUCAACAACUUGAAAAUCGUGAACCUUUUGUAACCACGAAUAGCAGGAACCUAACUGUACUGCAUCUCAAAGAAUAUAUAAUUUCAACAAAAUCUAAAGAUAAAUAUUUUUUAUGUAAUAGUAACGACGUUUUGGAGGUAAAAAAAAUAAGUGUUGUUAGCAGUGAAAUAAAAAUAUAUUGUUAUAAAAUUUGGGAUUUGGUAGAAGUUUUCGAAAAACCAGUGAAAUCAUCGUACUUGAAUAUAUUCAAAGCUAAAUUACCUGCUAGGCGGACAGACACUAUUGUUGGUCCCCAAGACAUAAAAAUGAAAUUGGUGUGUACUGAACACAAUAAUCACUUAUACUUCGUACCUCUUUUGCAUACAGUAUAAAAAUAAAAAAUAAAAUUUGUAAUCAACAUAAUGGUUUAUUAUUUAUAUCCGUUCAAACAGAAACAGUUUUUACAGGAAAAUCUUAGCUACGCCAUUACUAACUAGUAAAGCUACUCAUUUAACAAGGUCUAAUUUAACAGCUUGGCAUAAACUGAAAAGACAUGCUUAUAAACUAAGUUUUAAUUUUUUUAAGGACAAUCACAGCCACGAGAUUGCGUGUAUCGUUUAAUUAUAAGUUUUGUCUUAAGGACAAUUACAGCCGCGAGAUUUCGUGUUUCGCUUAAAUUAUAAGAUACCUAAGUAAAAUCUUAAGGAGGAUCAAAGUUACAAGCAUUCGUGUUUUGCUUAAAUAUAAGUAAAUCUUAAAGACGAUCACAGCCACGAGAUUUCGUGUUUCGCUAAAUUAUAAAUAUCUUAUGGACAACCAAAGUAAGACAUGGCUAUCUUCUUCGAUAACUACUUCUUAUUCUUCGAUAUCUCCAUCUUCCUUUUCGUUAUCGUCAUCUUCGUUUAUUUCGUCUUCGUCGUCGGCAUCACUUGCACCCAUUUCCUCUUUGUCGUUUACAUUUUUUUCAUUUUCAACUUUAUUUUGAUUCAUAAUUUGGUUUAAUUCAUCGUUCUUAAUAACAUCUUUUUCUUAUCAUCAGUUUCAAUUUGGUUCAUGACUUGAUCCGAUUUGUUGUUUGUCAAAUUUUUCUUUUUCAGUAUCGUCUUUUUAGUUUCAUCUUUGUUCUUUUCUUUUUUUUCUUUUCCAUCAGCUUUAUUUUGGUUCCUGACUUGAUUUUCAUGAUCUGAUUUUAAUUUUUUAGAUUGUAGUGCAACUUUUUUCGUUCCGUUAUUGUCUAUUACAUCUUUUUCAUUUUCAUCAGUUUUAUUUUGGUCAAUGACUUUUUUUCCUUGAUCUGAUUUAUUUUUAGUUAGACCUUUAUUU